CAAGAUGGUCAUGACCUUUCUCUCCUUUCCCUCUUGCUGUGCCCCCCUCCCAUCUCUGUCCAGCAGGAUGACUCCAGAGAAUGUCACCGGGGCCAGGGUGGUCCCUGCUGAAUUCAUCCUCCUGGGCAUCACAGGUCGCUGGGACCUGCGCCUGACCCUCUUCCUGGUCUUCCUGCCCGUCUACCUGCUGAGCCUGCUGGGGAAUGUGGGCAUGGUGCUGCUGAUCCGCGUGGAUGCCCGGCUGCACACGCCUAUGUACUUCUUCCUGGCCAACCUCUCCCUGCUGGACGCCUGCUAUUCCUCCGCCAUUGGCCCCAAGAUGCUCGUGGACCUGCUGCUGCCCCGCGCCACCAUCCCUUACACGGCCUGUGCCCUCCAGAUGUUUGUGUUUGCGGGGCUGGCUGAUGCCGAGUGUUGCCUGUUGGCGGCCAUGGCCUAUGACCGCUACGUGGCCAUCGGAAACCCUCUUCUCUACACCACGGCCAUGUCACGGCGUCUGUGCCUGACCCUGCUGGGAGCCUCGGGCCUGGGGGGCGCAGUGAGCGCCUUGGUCCACACGACCUUCACCUUCCGCCUGAGCUUCUGCCGCUCCCGGGAGGUCAACAGCUUCUUCUGCGACAUCCCUCCGCUGCUGGCCAUCUCCUGCGAUGACACCAGCCUCAAUGAACUCCUCCUCUUCGCCGUCUGUGGCUGCAUCCAGACGGCCACGGUGCUGGCCAUCGUUGUGUCUUACGGUUGCAUCGCCGGGGCCGUGAUCCGCAUGCGCUCGGCCGAGGGCCGGUGGCGGGCGGCCUCCACCUGCGGCUCCCACCUCGCGGCCGUGGCCAUGCUGUACGGGACGCUCACGUUCAUGUACCUGCGCCCCAGCUCCAGCUACGCCCUGGACACCGACAAGAUGGCAUCUGUGUUCUACACCCUCGUCAUCCCAGCUCUCAACCCGCUCAUCUACAGCCUCCGCAACAAGGAGGUCAAGGAGGCCCUCGGACGGACCUGGACCCGAUUCUGCUACCCGCGGCGGGGUCCCCAGGGACAGGCCCGAGGGGGCUGUGUAGGACGGACUGUGACCAGAUGA